AAGAAUCCAUAUCUUACACAUCUCGAAAUUGAAUUGGCUUCAGUCAAUGCCAAAAAAAUAUUAAUACAGCGUCUCAAAAAUUGAAACAAAAAUCCUAGUUUUUAGGGCCCGGUGGAGAGUUCACUGACUGGACUUCCGAGGUCUCUCUCUACCCACGCGCCGAAUCUUGGACUUUGACAUAUUGAUGACAAAUCAAUUUCUGCCAAGAGUUAAGAUCAUAUGUUGCACAACCAUACUCGAUUGGUUCUACUGACAUUACACUAAGGCUACAUCGUGGUAGAAAGUUCGAGCACAGGCCGAACAAUGGUGCUGCUCGUGGAGCUUCCAAGCUCUGUUCCCAUGGAGGCUAGACUUCUUUUUGGGGGUUCAAUUCCUUCACUCAAGCAAAUGAAUAAGUGGGUCGUCUUGAGGAACAGUUUCUCAGGCGCUCAAUGGAGAUCAUGGGAUUUGUGUUCUCACAGAAGGAUAAAUAGAGCGAUGCUAGUUAGGCGAAGAAGAAGAGUAGAAGCAAUGUCAAGCACUCUCAAUGCAAAGAGCAUGAAUUUAAACGAGUACAUGAUCACUGUUGACAAGCCCUUGGGCAUCAGAUUUGCUCAGACCAUCAAUGGCACAAUCUUUGUUCAUGCCCUUAAAAAAGGAGGUAAUGCUGAAAAAUCAAAGAUGAUUAUGGUGGGAGAUGUACUCAAGAAGAUAAGUAGCUUGUCUGGUGAUGGAAUGAUGGAAGUGGAAGAUUUCAAUCACACAAUGAAGGUGAUAAAAGGAAAAAGCGGACCUGUAAACCUGAUUUUGGAAAGGCCUACAUUUCCUUUUCCAAUUCAACGGUUUCCUCUGACAAAGAAUCCGGAACCAACAUAUAAUCGUGGUAGAGUUCCAAUUGUUACAUGGGACAAAAAUAAGCUGACACCAAGUCUUCAUCCGGAAGCUGGGAUAACUGGACAAGCUGGGUUUGUCUUGUUUUCUUCAAAGUUCCUUCAGCCAAAGGGAUGGAAAACUCUAGCAAGCUUCACAAGUAAUGGAACUCCUGCUUCAAAAACACAGAUGAGUUCAUCAAGCAAGCUGAUGCCUGUUCAACCAUCAGAUGAAAUUGUUGCUUUAUUUACUGAGGAAGAGUCUAUAGAUGGAGUAGAAUGGACAUAUGGUAGUUUUCCUGUUGAUGAAUAUAUAAAUGCACUUAAGCGAGCUGAAGGAGAGCUGUCUUACAAUCAUUCUCUUGGCAUGAGAUACACAAAGGUCACAGAGCAUAUAUUUGUUGGAUCAUGCAUACAGACAGAAGAAGAUGUGUAUUCCCUUUCAAAUAACACGGGCAUAACAGCUGUAUUGAACUUGCAAUGCAAAAAUGAACAAGAAAACUGGGGGAUUGAUUCCCAAGCUAUCAGCAAGGCAUUUGAACAAAAUUCCAUUACAGUGGUCAAUUGCUCAAUAAGGGAGGCUGAUUCUGUUGAUUUGCGACGGAAGCUUCAUUUUGCUGUGGGAGUUCUAUAUCGACUUCUAAGAAAGAAGCACCUUGUUUUAGUCACAUGCACAACUGGGCUUGAUCGUUCACCUGCUUGUGUGAUUGCUUACUUGCAUUGGAUUCAAGAUGUGGCCUUACAAGAAGCAUUAGAAUUUGUCACUAAUUUGCAUUCUUGUAGGCCCGACAGGCCAGCUCUUGUAUGGGCAACUUGGGAUCUUAUUGCAAUGGCUGAGGAUGGAAAUCACAAAGGACCUCCGACACAUGCAGUGCAAUUUAUUUGGAGCCAUGGCUGUCGAGAGGGAGAAGAAGUACAACUGGUUGGAGAUUUUAGAGGUAACUGGAAUGAACCCAUCAAAUCAGUUCAUGUUGGUGGACAAAAGCAUGUUGUAGAUCUUCGACUUCCUCAAGGAAAGUAUAAUUACAAGUUUAUUGUUGGUGGCCAAUGGAGACAUUCAACUACCUUGCCCAGUGAAACUGACCAGUGGGGCAAUGUGAAUAAUGUCAUCUGGAUUGGUGAUGUUGCUAGUGCAAGGUUUGAAUCUCCCACUCGUCAAAAUCUGAAGGAUCCUACCGUCAUAAAAGUAAUUGAAAGGCCUUUAACAGAGGAUGAGAGGUUCGCAUUGGCAUUUGCAGCUCGAAGAAUAGCAUUUUCAAUUUGUCCAAUCAGAUUAGUUCCAAAAUCUUAAGUGGAGUUUGCAACUUGUAUAUAUUAUUAGUGGGUUCGAUUGAUAAACCAUCGUGUAUAAGAGAAGAAUAAAGAGUAGGUAAGCAAAACUGAUGAUUGUUUAAAUAAUGAAUCUUAAAGCAUUCUUAAUAACUUAUAAAAAUAAAGCAACAGGAAUACAAACAAUA